GGUAGAGCAAACCGAGCGUACACCGCGCGGCGAGCCUAACUCCUGAGCUGUCAGCUGCAGCAGCAGCACUCUCAGUAGUACCAACCAGCUCGACAGAUACACCCGGAAGAUACGAAAGUCAAUUUGGGAGAGCAGCAUGAAUCGUUUUAAGACCUCCAAAUUCAAAAACACCACUCCGAAGGUUGCCAAGAAAGAAGGAUGGAUCAACAAUGUCCACGCUGGCUCCUUCUCCUGCCAGGGGAACCACAUCAAAGCAAGCUCAAGGCUGGUGGCUUUCAACACUGGUCAGGCUGGUGGUGGGAUGGUGGGCCUGACCUCAGUCAACCCUUCAGAUAGCCAGUGGACUGUCACCCAGAUCUCCUGCCAUUCUGAUCUGGUGACUGAUAUGGACUUUUCUCCUUUUGAUGAAAGUCUCCUUGCAACCUGCUCUUGGGAUGAAACGGUAAAGCUGUGGCGUUUGUGUGAUCCAGAGCAGGACCAGCCCAGCAGUCCAGAACUCACCCUGCAGCCAGGCCAGGGCAGGCUCGAGCUCGUGCACUUCCAUCCCACCUCCUCGGGCCUGCUGGUUGUUGCAACUGCUAAGUCUCCUCUGAUUUGGGACACCAGCAGGCAAGAGGCGCCCCUUGCAGCCUUGGAGCAGCACAGCGACCAGUUGCAGAGUCUCAGCUGGAAACAGGACGGCUCCCUGCUUGCAUCCUCCAGCAAGGACAAGAUGUUGCGAGUGUUUGACCCCAGAGCCCAGCUGACGCCUGUUCAGAGCGCCAAGAGCCUCCAGAGCAACAAGGAUUCCCGGAUCCUGUGGGCCAAAGACGACCUUUUACUGACCACCUGCUUUGAUAUGAUGCGAGCUCGUGAAGUCAGACUUUGGGACAGCAGGAAACUCAGCUCUUCAGUCAGCUCGCUGUCACUCGGCACCUCCAGUGGGAUGCUGGUCCCUCUGUUUGAUGACGACACUGGUCUCCUCAUGCUCGCUGGCCUUGGAGACACUGCAAUUGAUUGCUUUGAAGUCUCCACAUCUGAGCCUUUCCUAACUCAAGUGAGUCACUGUAUGACUGAUGCUUCAACACGAGGUAUUGCCAUGGUACCAAAACUGGCAUUGGAAGUCAUUUCCUGUGAAGUCACGCGUGUUCUUCAGCUGACAGACAGCUGCAUCGUGCCGAUCAGCUACCAAGUCCCUCGCAAGAAUUCAGGCCAUGAGUUCCAUGAUGACCUUUAUCCGGAUACGGUGGGCACCACUCCAGCCAUGUCUGCAGAGGAGUGGUGGCAGGGAGGGAACAAGCAGGUGGAAAAGGUUGGCCUCCACCCAGGCAAGCGACCCAAACCAGCAGCAAAACAACCACCUGGUAAAAAGGAGCUGCCCAGUGGAGGAAGUAAAGAGGAUCAGCCUCGAGGCUCCUCCACCUCCAGUAGUCCUCUAAGCACCCCCAGCAGCAGCGCUGCCCCGUCCCACUCUCCCUCCUCCACCUCUGGUCUCUCCUCAGGCUUCCUGCCCAGUCCCAGCCAGAGCGGAAAAGCAAUCCAAAACCUGAUGGGAACAACAUCCAAAUUCCGACACAUCCAGGGUGCAGUGAUGCACCGCGACAAGCACAUCACCAACAUCCGCAACCUCAACCUGACGACACCAGGCGAGUGUGACGGCUUCUGUGUAAACCGCCAACGUGUGGCUGUGCCACUCGCCAUCUCAGGAGGCCAGAUUGCUGUGUUUGAGCGGUCUGGGCCAGGGAGGCAGCCAGACACGGCUCUGCCCACCAUCCAAAACUCUGUAAACGUGGCUGACCUUUCUUGGGACCCCUUUGACGCACACAGACUGGCAGUGGCUGGAGAUGAUGCUAAAAUCAGAGUGUGGCAGGUACCUAAGGGCGGGCUGAAAGAGACCCUGACUGAGCCCAAGCUUGUCUUGCAAGGCCACACAGAGAAGAUCUACUCCAUCAAGUUUCACCCUCUAGCCAGUGGAGUCCUGGUGUCCUCAUCAUACGAUCUCACAGUCAGACUGUGGAACCUGGAGAGUGGUGAGCAGGUCAAGGUUCUCACUGGACAUCAGGACCAGGUGUUUGGAAUAGCAUGGAGCCCAGACGGCAAGCUGCUGGCGACUGUUUGCAAGGAUGGGAAAGUUCGCGUCUAUGACCCUCGCAACUCUACAGCACCUGUGCAAGAGGGUCCGGGUCCAGAGGGCCACAGAGGAGCUCGUGUGGUCUGGGUGUGCGAUGGAAAGUACCUGCUGGUGUCAGGAUUUGACAAUCGCAGUGAAAGAGGACUUUAUCUGUUCUCCGCUGACUCCCUGUCCUCCGGGCCUAUAGCGAAUGCUGCUCUAAAUGUAGCUCCCUCCACACUUAUCCCUUUUUACGACCCUGACACCAGCGUUGUAAUUCUCACUGGAAAAGGUGACACCAGAGUUUACAUUUAUGAGGUGGUCCCAGAAGAUCCAUACUUUAUUGAAUGCAGCAGUUUUAACUCUCCUGAGCCUCACAAGGGACUGGCCUUUUUGCCUAAAACGGAGUGCAACGUGCGAGAUGUGGAGAUGGCUGUGGGACUGAUGCUCACCAAGACAACCAUUGAGCCGGUGGCCUUCAGAGUGCCCCGAGUUAAAAAAGAUUUCUUCCAGGACGAUGUGUACCCAGACACAGACGUGUGGUGGGAGCCUGCACUCACCGCCUCCGCCUGGCUUUCGGGCUCCAAUGGCCAGCACAAAAAACUCAGCCUGAAGCCCAAAGACAUGACGCCAGUGAGCGAGGCCCCCAAAGAGGCUCCGGUGAGGAAAUACCUGCCCUCGUCUGUUUACCUGGAGGAAAAAACGGAUGAACAGAAAAAGGAGGAGCUCCUGAGUGCCAUGGUGGCUAAGCUGGGGAAUAUGGAUGACCCGCUGCCACAGGAGUCCUAUGAGGGUGUGGAUGACGAGGAAUGGGAUGAUUGAAGGGAAAGUCAUCGUCUGGGCUUUGCUUCAAGUCAUGGUGCCAACAGUAGAGAGGAGAAGACACCUCAAGGAUUAUUUUGCAAUUUGUGUUUGAGUCACCGUAGCCUACUGAACAACAGAAAAAUUACAUUACAUAAAAACUCUUGUGGUUUAAAUUGAACUAAAAACACUUUUAAUACCCCUCUGUAGGGUAUUCAACAUUCAGUUUGAACUUAAAAUUGUUUUUCCUCUAUACAGACCACAGACAUAUGUGUUGGCACCCUUGGUAAAGAUGUGGAAAAGGCCUUCAAAUGAAUUAAUUUUCUGUUUCAGUAGCAUAAAAUCAAACUGAAAUUUUUACAAUCCAACUUUUCAUUUGAGUAUUUUAUGGAAAAAAAAUCCCAUAAUACCAAAUAAUUGGUUUAACAAAAUUACUGGUGGCACAGUUAUUGGUAUUUGUCAAAAUCCCUUUAAGAAAUGGGACUAACGACUUGUUUUAAUGCACACUUUACUUUUUUAGAGAUCAAAGUUCCUUCUAAUUUAGAAUCCAAGACUUUCAAUUUACCUGGAGUUUAAACCACGAUACACAAACUGAGCAGGAAGGUAAUAAAGGUUAAAAAGAAAUCUCCAAAUUUAGCUAUUGGAGAACUGCAGCAAAGAGUGGCAUCUAGGGGUCACCAGGUUCCUACCAUCAGCUACUGGGUUCCUUCCAUAAUUGUAAUAACAGCCAACAGAUCAACCAGAAAGGAUGGUCAGGUACAAACUGUCUGAGUUUAUAUAAUGUCAUCAACCUCUGUCAGUGUAAACUUGCACUUGUGAAAAGUAUAGCACUGUGGAUCUCACACACUACCUGAAAUUUAGUAUAUCAGGCUAUUUUAUUCUGGACUUGAAAUACUCCAUCUGCUAAUACAGCCAGUAGAUCUGCACGGGCCAUCUAGGGUGUGGCCCAUUUGAUUCACUAUUAGAAAUGGUGUGUAAACCAUGCCUACUGGAUGUAUCAACUGGAUGUUUGGCCGUGACGCCAGAAAAAAACAAUCUCUUCUUCCAUCACAAAUGUAGACGUGGAGUUUACUGAACUCUUCUGAAACUUUAACUGGAACUCUGUGCUUUGGUCAGAUGAGGCUAAUAUUGGAUGGAUGAAUGUGUGGAAAGGUGCCUCAUGGCCGUUGUUAGGUAUGGAGGAUCUGUGAUGCUGUGGGCCUUUUUGUCUGGAAAAAGGCCCACAGCAACAUAAAAACAUUUAAAACAUGUGGCCAAAUCAACACAGAAAUGGUUCAGCGGAUAUAAAUUUAACCCUCUUCCAUGGCCGUCCCUGUCCCCAGACCUAAAUCCUACAGAAAGGUCUUUGUAUAAUCCGAGCUUGGGAAAUGUAGGAAGAAGUGCUCUCCUAUUGGCAAAUAUGGUCUGAACAAAGUCUUGGUAAUGACUGAUCAGAAUCAGAAUCAGCUUUAUUGCCAAGUUCGUACAUACAAAUAAGGAAUUUGACUCCGGUACACUUUGCUCUCUGGUUUUUGUUUUUUUGCAUUAAAGAAUAUACAAAUAUACACAUAUAUAAAUAAAUGAUGCACUAGGGAUUUUUGAAAACCAAAUGUUUUUUCAUGUAAAUGUUGCUCCGACUGAAUAAAUGUGCUGAAAUUAAAACACAUUUGUUCUAACUGAUACUGAGAGAUUAUGCUACCGCAAUGAAACAUUUAUUUAUUUCAAAACUUUCUACGCAUCUUUACCAGGGGUGCCAAUAAAUGUGUCUGCAUCUGUAUAUCAUUGACGUAUUUGUCUGAUCUGAUGAAUUCACGAGAGAUAAUCAAACAUAACCACACAAUAAAGGAACAAAUCAUGAAUAUCUCAAGGAUUUUUUAUGUGUCACUAAUCAGAGGCGAUCACUGAAUAUUCAGAUAUAAAUAAAAUCUGUUACACCUGAAUGUUUGCUUCAACAAGGGACCACUGCUUUCCUUUAUAAUGGCCAGCUAUAAUAGGACAAGCUUGUAAGACUUAUUGUCUUCCACUCUGAUUAUGCAAAUCACACUCAGUUACUGUAACAUGUUCAAGCUUCAGCAGCAGAUACUACCUUAAACUUCAGGAAACAACAGGGUCAUCAUGGUUUUUAUUUGUCAAAGAACGGGAAUCUCUGAUAUUAGUAACAAUAGGUUUCCUUCCUUUUUAAGCCAAAACUGGAAUACAGUUUUUUUUUACCAUGAUUUGUAUUAGUGUAUUUUUUUAGGUUUUUAAUUAACUCUUUUGGCAUUAAGGAAAUUUGGUUUGAGGAGAAACAAUGAUUAUUUUUCGCAGGGCUUUUUAACCUUUUAGUGAAUCAUUCCCUUUUAUUUGCAGGCUUGUCUGACAUUUUUAACUUUGAUCCAUGCUGAUAUUCUGACAGUUUUAAGAAAAGUACUCCUUGAAUGGGAUAUUUUUACUAAUCAUGGUGUUAAUUAGACAAACAGCACAGUGUUAGUAAUUUAGAGUGAAGCCAUCAUUGUGUAGUCAUCACUCAGGGGUGCGUAGGAGUCCAUUCUUUGAUCCAACCAUGUUUUUUACAUCCUCAGAAGGACUAAUGUGUUCCAGCCAAAUCAGCGGUGCAUUUUCCUGCUUGUCAUGUUGAACUCGUGUAUGGUGGAUGUCACUGAAUAUAUUUUAUUGUGAUUUUAAAGGCCUGUUAUAUGUUUUGAUUGGAUUAACUUGCCUUGGGCUUUGUUUUUUAUAGUAAGUAGAACAGUGUGGUUUUGUUUUUUAUAGUAAUGGUUUGUGAAACUUUUUCAAAACUGUCUUGCAAUAAACACCAUAUGAACUCUG